GUCAGAAUCUAUGAAGUGGGCAAAGGAUAAGUACAUUUGUCAGCGUUCUCAUUCUACUCCUCAUAUUAGCUGCUUCGGGACUAUCUUCUAACAACACAGCAUUAAACGAAAUAUUGUUGAAGAUGAAGGAAGCAAUUAUCCACGCAGGCCCAAAGGUCGAGAUCAAGGACUCGCCAAUUCCAAAGCCGGGGCCACACCAAGUUGUGACGAAGAUCAUCUACAGUGGUAGCAAUCCUAAGGACUGGAAGGUGCCAGAAUGGCUCAAAGAUGUCCCGGCGAUGAACCAGGGAGAUGACAUUAGUGGCAUUGUACACGAAGUAGGAGAAGGAGUGACAGAAUUCCGAAAAGGUGACAGAGUGGCCGCAUUCCACCAGAUGCUACAACCCGGCGGCAGCUAUGCAGAGUACGGAAUGAGCUGGGACCAUACCACAUUUUUCUUGCCAGAGAAGACCAGCUUUGAAGAGGGCGCUGCCAUUCCUCUCGCAGCUUUGACCGCAGCUGUUGGAUUGUUCGCCAACGACAGACUCAAUCUCCCACAACCUACCGCUCCCGCGACCCAGCCCAUUCCACUCGUCGUCUACGGAGGCUCUUCUGCAGUUGGCUCCUACGUCCUCCAGUUCGCCCAGAAAGCCAACAUUCACCCAUUGAUCGUGGUAGCUGGUCGAGCGCAAGAGCACGUAGAAAAGUUGAUCGAUCGCUCGAAGGGUGAUACAAUCAUCGACUACCGCAAAGGUGACGAGGCUGUAUCGCAAGGUAUCAAAGAUGCGUUGAAGGGAGCGAAGCUGGAGUACGCCUAUGAUGCGGUGUCGGAGAAGAACAGCUACCAGAACAUUUGCAAGGUGCUCGAGCCACAUGGAAAGAUCACCUUGGUGUUGCCUGGUAAGGAAUAUCCUGAGAUUCCGGACACUGUGAAACAGAGCACGACAAGCGUCGGUGACGUCCACAGCAGCUUGAAGGAUUUGGGUUUCGUGUAUUCGAGGUUGAUCACAAGAGGACUUGAAGAGGGUUGGAUUAAGGCUCAGCCGCAAGAGGUCAUUCCUGGUGGUUUGGGAGGUGUUCAGAAGGCACUUGAGCAACUCAAAGAUGGAACUGCGAGUGCUGUGAAGUAUAUCUUCAAGAUUGAGGAUACGGAGGGUGCUGGGAAGGAUUAGCUUGUCAGCAGCACCCAGUAGUUUUAUUCAGAAAAUGAUUCUGUCAUUUGAUCUCGAUCGUAUGUCCGAUGUCCUGGUCUUAGAUUGAACAGCGCCUGUACGAAACUGC